AUGGGACGGCUCGAGCUCGUCGCGUGGCUCAAUCGCGCGCUUCGGAGCGAUUACGCCUCGGUGCAAGAGUGCGGCGACGGCGUCGCGUACGCGCAGCUGCUCGACGCGAUGCACCCGGGGAAGGUGCCGCUGCAUAGGUUUGAUUUCAACGCGCGGUUCGUCGGGGAUAACGAGCGGAACGUGCGGGUGCUGGCGCAGACGAUGCGCGCGCUCGGGACGCGCGUCGACGUGGAUUUCGACGCGUUGGCCAAGGGGAAGUUCACGGAAAAUAAUAAUUUAUUGCGAUGGUUUCACGCGUACGUGGCGAAGAAUGGGUCGGCGGCGUUGGAGGAGUACGACGCGUACGCGGCGCGCGUCGAGGCGCAGCGCGUCAAGGCGCACGCGUCGGUUCGACGGCGGGGCGAGGGCGCGACGCCUUUGAACCGCCCGGGGGACGGCAGGGCGUCCGUGAGCGAGCGUGAGACGAUGAGCGAGCGAUUGGUGCCGAACGAGCUGAGCGCGGUGAGCGAGAACAAACGACGAACGCCGGCGGCGACGCCGACGGAGGACGCGGACGCGAGCUUCGAGUUCGCACCGGCGACCGCGGACGCGCGCGCGCCCGCGACGCCGCGCGCGCUGUCGUUUCUGGAUACCCCAGUCGCGCGAACGAAGCUCGAUCUCACCGAUGGAUCGACGACCACCACCACCACCACCACCACCACGAACGCCGAGACGACGAACGCCGCCGACGACGCGGCCAAGCCGUUCGCGCGCGCGCGAUCCCUCGACCGAUGGGCCGCCAAAGCCCGCGCCAAGCUCCACGCCGACGCCGCGUCCGAGCUCAAUCCCGCGAGCGAUCCCGCGCCGACCGCACCGGGUCCGAGCGACCCGUCGCCGUUCGUCGAAACCGUCGAGGAGGAAACCUCCUGUUGCGGCUGCGUUCGCAAGCGUCGCGUCGUUCGCGAGCGCGCGUCCCAACCGCCGCCGCCCGCGCGCGCUCUUAGCCAGCGCUAG